AUGCACUACCAAGAAGACCUAGUCGGCAAAGGCCUCCAGCGCGCCAUCUCCGAGAAACUCGUCUCCCGCAACGACGUGUGGCUGCAGACCAAGUUCACCUCCCUCGACGGGCAGGACCUGACCCGUCCGAUCCCUUACCACCGCGAUGCGCCGGUGGCAGAGCAGGUACGCCAGAGCGUCGGGGACACGCUCGCGGCCUACCGCGCCCUCGAGGCGUUCGUCGACGCCGGCGCCAUCACCUCGCUGGGCGUGUCGAACAUCUACGACCCCGACGAGCUCGCGUGGCUGAUUGGUGCCGCGCGCGUGCCGGUCGCAUAUGUCCAGAACAGGUGGUACGAGGGCAACGGGUGGAACUGGCCCAUCUACGACCUGUGCCAGAAACACGGCAUCGCGUACCAGUCCUUCUGGACGCUGAGCGGGUCGCCGUCGCUCCUCGCGCACCCGUUACUGAAGAAACUGGCGCAGCGGCACAAGGUGACCCCCGAGGCGGCCGUGUAUAGGUUGUGCGAGCUCUGGAACAUCACUCCGCUGUGCGGCUCGACUAACCCGAAACACAUGGCACAGGCCCUCGCUGCCGAGCAUGCGUUCGGCAAGGACGAGCCAGAGGUCGGCAAGCUCUGGAAGCUGAUGCAUGGCGAGGAGGACUAGGGUGCCAAGGCGUGCGAUUAAAUGCAAGUAGUUUACAAUGUGUGCAGAGGCGCGGUGCAAUGCAGUGCGAUGCGUGCGUGUAGCAGGAGCAGGAGCCAGCGGCCUGGCGGCCACUACUGGCUGCUCACCACUCGUCGUCGUCCCCGCCGCGGCUAGCCAACCCGUUCCGAAUCCCGACC